CCAACACUGUUAAUACUGCGAAUACACGUGCCGCGUGCGAUUCGUAAACAAAAUGCAGGUCUAUUAAAAUUGCGUAAAAACCUGGAAAUUUAGUGCAAAAAUGUCUCGCAUUAUAGUUAAACAGUUGCCCAAGCAUAUCACAGAGGAGAAACUGCGCCAAAUCUUUGGGGCUCAGGGAACUAUCACUGAUCUGCAGUUGAAAUACACACCAGAUGGAAAAUUUCGGCAAUUCUGCUUUGUUGGCUACAGUACCGAGGAUGAGGCACAGGCAGCCAUUAAACAUUUCGACAACACCUGCAUCCAAACGAGCCGCGUGCGCGUGGAAUCGUGCGCCGCUUUGGGCAGUGAGGCGAAGCCCCAGUCAUGGAGCAAGUAUGCAAAGGACAGCAAGAAGAACCAGGAUAAGCUGAAAGCAGAAGAGGCUGCAGCAGCGGCGGCAGAGAAAGCCAAGGAGAAACUAAAGAAGAGCAAGGAGAAGAAGACGAACAAGGUGGACGAGAUUAUAGGCAAGCACAAGGAUGAUCCAGAGUUCCAAGAGUUUCUGCAGGCACACGACAAGUCGCGCACCCUUUGGGGCAACGACAUGAACCUAAACGAAGGGCCAGACGAUGACAAGGAUGAUGAAGAUGAAGAGGGUGAUGACGGAUCGCCAGCUGGCCGAGAUGAUAGUGGGGUGGAUGCCGAUACAAGUGAUGCGGAAGAGGACGAUGACCACGAGGAGCAAGAGGAGGAGGAAGAAGCAGAAAAACUGGCCGAGAAGCCCAUCAGUGAUCUGGAGUACAUGAGGUCACUGAUGGAGGGCAAGUCCUCGGAAACGAAAGCCAAAACGCCAGCCACCAAGAAGACCAAAGCUGACAAAUCAAAUCUAGAACUGUUCACCAUCAAAAUCCACAAUGUGCCGUACAACACGAAGCGCCAGGAGGUGCUCAAGUUCUUCAAGCCACAGAAGCCCUAUUCCGUUCGAUUGCCGAGCAAAGUGCAUGGCUUCUGCUAUGUGGGAUUCAAGACGGAGAAGGACAUGGCCAAGGCCAUGCUUAAGAACAAGAGUUUCAUCAAGGGCAAGCAGGUGUUCUUCUCCGACUUUACCGAGAAGAACAAGGUGACGAAAGCCACAAAAGCCGGACUGCCAGCGCCGGCGUCUGCGAGUUCUGAAUCGUCGGGAAAUGCCAAAUGGAAACACCAGCAGGAUAAUCUCUCCAAAGAGGACGACAUCUCUGAAUCAGGGCGGAUAUUCUUCAGGAACCUGGCGUACACCACAACGGAAGAGGAGCUGCAGAAGCUGUUCGAGCAAUUCGGUCCAGUGGUGGAGGUCAGUCUCCCCGUCGACAAGCUAACCCGCAAGAUCAAGGGCUUCGGCACUGUGACCUACAUGAUGCCGGAGCAUGCCCUCAAGGCGUUCAACGCACUGGAUGGCACCGACUUCCAUGGUCGGCUGUUGCAUCUGCUGCCUGGCAAGGAUAUCGAGAAGAAGGAUCCCCAAGACGACCUCGACGAGAACGAUGCCAGUCUGUCCUUUAAGCAGAAGAAGGCACUGAAGCUGAAGAAGAAUGCCCAGAAGCCGAUUGGCUGGAAUACACUCUUCCUGGGUGCCAAUGCCGUGGCGGAUCUUCUGGCCAAGCAGUUCAAGACCUCAAAGGAGCAGAUCCUGGACACCAGUGGCGGUGGCAGUGGUGCUGCUGUUCGGCUGGCGCUGGGAGAGACCCAGAUCGUCAUCGAGAUGAAGAGAUUCCUGGAGGAGGAGGGCGUGCGACUGAGUGCCUUUGAUGAGCCAGCUAAGAAGCGCUCCAACACUGUGAUACUGGCCAAGAAUCUGCCGGCGGCCACAGAGAUAGCCGAGCUGACGCCGAUCUUCAGUCGCUUCGGUCCCAUUGGCAGGAUCGUGCUCCCACCUAGCGGCGUUACGGCUCUCAUCGAGUAUUGUGAUCCCUCCGAGGCGAGGCACGCCUUCAAGAAGCUGGCCUACAGCAAGUUCAAGACGGCGCCGCUCUACUUGGAAUGGGCGCCGGAGCACGUGUUCACCAAAACCCUCAGUGGUGAAACGAUUAUUCCCAAGAGUGAGCCCAAGGAGGAGGAGCCCAAGGCCAAGGGCAAGGACAAGUCCAAGAAGGAGGAGAAGGAGAAGGAGGAAGAAAAACCAAAAGAACCCGAACCGGAAGAUGCUCACGAUGAACCCGAACCGGAUACCACUCUGUUCCUGAGGAACCUCAAUUUCAAGACCGUGAAAGAGACCGUGGAGAAGCAUUUCCGGCACCUGGGCACCAUACACACCCUGGAGAUAGCCAUGCGGAAGGAUGCCCAGAAUCCCUCCAAUACGCAUUCCCUCGGCUAUGGCUUCAUUCAGUUCAAGAAGGCUGCUGUGGCGGAGCAUGUUCUCAAAAAUAUGCAACUCACCCACAUAGACGGUAAUCCUGUGGAGAUCAAGCGCAGUGAUCGUGUGCUCCAGAGCCAAGACAACGAGGGCGCCCAACGGCGGCUGACUGCCCAGAAGAAACAAACUGGCACCAAGUUCCUGGUGCGGAACAUACCCUUCCAGGCCACCUACCACGAAGUGAGGGAUAUCUUCAAAGCCUUUGGCGAGCUACGAUCCCUGCGAAUUCCCAAGAAGGCAACCUCUGGAGCUGGCGGAGAAACGCAUCGAGGCUUUGGUUUCGUGGACUAUAUGAGCAAGGCGGAGGCGAAGCGAGCGUUUGAGGCCGUCAGUGCCAGUACCCAUUUGUACGGUCGCCGUCUGGUCCUGGAGUGGAGUGCCAACGAUGAUGGACAGGAUGUGGAGGAGCUGCGCAAGCGGACGGCUGCCAAGUUCGGCCAGAGCCAGGCCGCAACGGAUGCCAAGCGAAGCCGGAAAGCCUUCUUCGAUGUGGAUGGCAAUAUGAUAAAGGCUGCCGGCGAGGAUGAAGAUGAGGAGGACGAAUAGUGUUCCAUCCAGAUUAGUGUGAAGGAUGAAAUGUAUAAAGUAGAUGAGUUAUGUAAU